CUUUUCUCAAAAUGUCGCUACUGUCAACCUUUUUGCAAACAGCUGUAAUCGAUAACUUACUAACUUGAACGCACUGUUUAAGUUUGGAAACUUUGUGUGCCCUCGACGCUGUUCUACUCCUGUAAUCACGUUUAUAUAAUUCAGCCCUGUAUAUCAUGACCCACAACUGCAUUAACUGGGAUGCCAUACCACUACGUUUCCUGAUGAUAUCGUAUGCUAACAAAAAGAUGCUGACACGGAAGGGUCCAGCAUCCAAAGUUCGUGAGUUCAAAUCCCUCCAAUCCUUUGCGCACCGGAAAUUUGCUAUUGGAGACCGCCCACCCUCAUCCCUGCGCUUCCGAACGACCUGCAAUCUUAGCUCCAUGCCUUGCAAAGACGACUCAGCCUUUGAGGUCGAUGAAGAGGCAUGGGAAGAAGAGGGCUUAAUGGAUCUUGUCUGCUGUCUGGAGGUGUACUUGGAGGAGGUCAUACCCGGUCCAUCCGGCGAAGAGACAUUACAACUCGUUGAAGAGGAACAUGAAGAUGCUCGGACGCACAAGCAAGCCCGAGACUCUGACGAACAGGAAAAUAGAGGGGGAGAACACAGUGAUAUAGCAGAGGUCAAUAAAAAUGUCGAGGAGGUCGAAGCACAGGACGAAGACGAGGCGGAGAAAGGGCAGGAUAAAGAGGAGCAGGAGGAGGAAGAGGAAGAGCAGGAGGAGGACGAGCAGACGGAGGAGAGGGAGGAAAGUACUGUGUGGACUAGGCCAUUCGGUCGCCGACGACGGGUCAUUGUGUCUGAUGAAGAAGAUGGCCCAAAGGCGCUUGACCGUAGCUCAAGACUGGCUGCAGACUUGCAGCAGAUACAGAAAGCUCCUGUCGUUGGUGACCCUCAGCCCUUGGCACCCAGUGCUCAGAACCGAACGAUUGCUGGUCGUACACAAAACAUGCCGCAUGUCCCUGACAUAGAACAACCGAUUAAGAAGGAAAACGAAACUCCUCCUGCGUAUCGCGUACGAGUGUCGUCGGUCGCUGGAAGCUCCCAAGAAGGCCGAUCCCUCUUCGGAGUACACGAACCACCAGGCCGACCUAUCAAACAAGAGCAAAAUUCAAGUUCUGCAGAGCGGACGGUGUUUCAGCCUCAAGCGAUUCAGGAAUCGCCUGAGCUUGCACACACCAAACUCGUCAUUAGCAUCCAGCACAAACCCUCCGCGCAGCAUGCACAGUUCAGCACGAAGCCUCAUACACGAAUGGGCAAAGUUCUCACUGGUGCAUGCAAGAGCUUCCGCUUGGACGUCAACGUAGCGCAACUCUACUUAGUCGUGGUAACGCAAAGUGAUCAGGGCUUGAAGGAGGAAGAUUAUUUCUUGUGCGACCGAAAUGAGACAGUGGAAGCCGCUGUCGUGGGCGUGGAAGGGAGGGCAGAGUUCAUGAUUCGCAUGCCUGAAGAUCCUGCAACGUAGGAUUGUAGAAAGCCAGUGCUGUGCAAGGAGUCUGUUCGUCUGCCUGACUCUUUCUAAGCACAAAAUUGUAGGUCUCUUAUCUCACUCGAUCUAUGAAAGCAAAGCAAAAAUCAAGUCCAAGAUAUGAACGCUGAUUAGCAGGACCGAGCUUGGCAGCACACAA